AAAAUUCAAUUUGAAGAAAGAAAUCGGCUAACUCGUUCCAGUGUUUAUCGAUUUAAAUAUUUUCAAUGAAGGGUACUCUCUUUCACAUUAGAGCAAACCUUUCCAGAGAAUAACCUCCAAGUAUUACCUAUUAAAAUCUCGAUGUUUGGAGGCAUUCGAGAUCGUCUAUUUCGCUUCCAGAAGCACAAUCGAAGUGCCCGCAACGAGUUUUUAGGAACACAUCCUACAUUACCAGUUCCAGAAGACAUCCUCGACCCAUUCGUCGGUCGAUCAACGCGCCCAACGGAGUCACUUACAGAGCCUCCCGUCGCGACGCAGACUACUCAAACGGUGUUUUUAAAGCCGUCCGACACUCCGAAUCAGGACAUUUCUGCACUUGACAAAAGUGUGGAUCAUUCUCAUCUGCACAAAGAUCACUCAAUCCAUCAUCCAACUCCUCCUCGUUCAUUCUUCUCAUCAUCUUCUCUAGCAGUACAUCCUAACGUUGAAACAGCUCAAAGCUCAUCCGAAGAAGAUCUCAGAAUGCCAAACAUUAAGGUUUUCUCUGGCUCAUCUCACCCGGAUCUUUCUACCAGAAUCUGCGAACGUCUUCAAUUGGAGGUUUCGAAAGCUUCACUGAAGAAGUUCAGUAACAAGGAAACCAAUGUGGAAAUUGGAGAAUCGGUUCGUGGAGAAGAUGUUUACAUUAUUCAAUCUGCUGCUGGAGAGAUCAAUGAUAAUCUGAUGGAACUUCUCAUUAUGAUCAACGCGUGCAAGAUCGCUUCCUCAUGUCGUGUUGCUGCCGUUAUUCCAGCCUUUCCAUACGCCCGGCAGGACAAGAAAGACAAAUCGAGAGCUCCGAUCUCGGCAAAAUUGGUCGCCAACAUGCUUUCCGUUGCUGGUGCUGAUCAUAUCAUCACAAUGGAUUUACAUGCAUCACAGAUUCAAGGGUUCUUCGAUAUUCCGGUAGACAACUUGUACGCUGAGCCAGCAAUUCUGAAGUACAUCAAGGAAUCUAUUCCAAACUGGCAGACCUCGGUUAUUGUAUCUCCGGAUGCCGGAGGUGCCAAGAGAGUAACCUCCAUUGCCGAUCGUCUCAAUGUGGACUUUGCCUUGAUUCACAAAGAACGCAAACGUGCCAAUGAAGUUGAGAAGAUGACUUUGGUCGGAUCCGUCGAAGGAAAAGUGGCGAUUUUGGUUGAUGACAUGGCUGAUACAUGUGGAACAAUUUGCAUGGCAGCCGACAAAUUGGUUGAAGCCGGAGCAGACAAAGUAUACGCUUUCUGUGUUCAUGGAAUCUUCUCAGGACCAGCUCUCACUCGUCUCAAUGCUUCAAAGUUUGAAGCUGUCGUCGUGACAAACACAAUUCCCCAAGAUGAGAAUAUGAAGAAGUGCUCGAAGAUCCAGUGUAUCGACAUCUCAAUGAUCUUGGCAGAAGCAAUCCGCCGUACACACAAUGGAGAGUCUGUAUCAUAUCUCUUCUCACACGUCCCGAUAUGCUAAAUCGGUUAAAAUUAUGGCUUUUCCGGGUUGACGUAACCUCAAUAUCCUAUGUUUAUUUGUUUUAAACUCCGAAAUUAUUGUAUUCAACUAUUCAACUACCCAAACAUUUCCCAAUUGCAAAUUAUAUUUAUCCAAGAUUCGCUUCAGUUGACUUGUUGUAGUUGCGUGAUGAUUUCUCUUUUCAGUUUUCCAUUCGUAUUUCCACUAUUUGAACAUUUGUCCUCUUUCUCUGUUACCAUUCGAUUCUGCUCAUUUUCUCUUCCUAAAAUGUCUUCAAAUUGCAUUCAACUGUUUAUCAGGUUUUUUGUGAAUGAGAUUCUGAACGACGAUGUUUUCUUGUGAAGUGUUCAAAAGCAUUUUUUGUGAAUUUCGUUGAAUACACAUGUUGUUU